AUGAAUCAUCUGGGCUCGCUUAUCUGUGUGUUGCUGGCUACAGCAGUUGUCGUAAGUUGUAAGUAACAUCACACUGUGCUAAUAUGUAGUUUAAAAUGUUCACUUUCUGCAUGAUUAAGAAAUAAAAUCCUGUUUAGAUUUUCUAAAUUUUUAAACUUAUUUUUUAGAUGCUGCCCCAACAUUUCUAGACGCUGGUAAGUUGUAGUUUCAACUAUAUAUGGCCAGUCAAGAAUAACUGAGUAACCUGAUCUUCCAAUCAAUACUCUAACACGCUAGACUAGACUAGUAUAAAACUGACUCUGUAAUGAUAAUUUUUCCCGUCCCGCAUCUGAAAGUAGUAGGUGUAAUCUAACCUGUGAAGAUCCUUAUGGCCAGCGGUUUCAUUCUCCAAUUUCAAAAAUACUUCACGUGAAUCUUUUGAGUCGAGAUCAGCAUACACAACCUGCAAAAUGAAUUAUAGACAUUAAUGCAGAGCUCCGUUGAAAGGCAUCUUUUGGUGAUACAGGCCACCUCGGUAAAAAUGAAGAUGAUUACUAUAUUAUUAUUAUUAAUAUACAAAUAUCAUAUCUGAUCUGCAGCUAUAUAUAAUCUACUACAAAUAAAAUAUAUUUUACCCUUUUUCUUUAGAUUCCACGCUGGAACGUCGUAGCUACUAUUGUAUGUAACUUCUCAAUUUCCUUGUUCAAAGUUCAGUGUGUUUAAUUAAACAUGGAUAAUAAAAUAAAUGGAUAGGAAACUAGCUGACGUGACCUAAUGUUUUCAAUGGGCUGAUGGCGUGAUUGGAUGUUGAAACCUAGUUGCAAACCAAAUUCUCCAAAACGGCAUGUUUAGCAAUAAUACAGCUAAAUUAUUUUAGUCAAAGAGCAAAUGAAUAUAACUACGCUAUUCUACGAUGAAAUCUCUAAGUAUUCCCAGUCAAUUUUAGCAAAUAUUUCAAGAACUAAACAGUGAAAAAGGCGUCCCAAAUUUCGUUAAAAUUGGGGACGCCAAUUUCGUAGCUACAAAUGUAAAAAAAUGCAAAACAAAGACGAAAAACAUUUACCUUGAAUACUUUGUCGUGGCUUAGGCAUGUUUUUAAAACAAUUAGACCAGUUUAUGCUUCAAUAUUACUCUUUUAAAGCAGAAAGUAUAGCGAAACAACAAAAAUGCCGAGAACUUUGCAAUACGCGUGACGUCACAGAUUGCAACUAGGUUGUUUUUGCUUACGUCAGCUAGAGUCCUAUCCAUUUAUUUUAUUAUCCAUGGUUUAAACAGCCUAAAAAAUUGCAUUUCUGUCUCAACGUCGAGCUGUCCUGGCUUGGGUGUGAAUUACAAAAUUAAGAUUUAUUUCGCGCCCAAACUACAGGAGCUCAAACGUUUCAUCUUUGUCAGUUAAACAUCAAAAUAUUCGGAGGAAUUCGGAACUGUACGUCAAUUCGUCCAUUUAUUCACAUGACAAUUCAUAUCGGUACUCGGAUCUUUUCGGUUUCAUGUGACCUGUGUGAACUCGUGUUCAGUACGGUUCCAAAAUUAUCCGUUUGACAGUUCUGAUUCCACGGCAGGAGUUUAAUAAUUUGUCUCAAAUUCCAGACCCUCCAGGACGUCCGGGACCGCAAGGUCCAGCAGGAAGAAAUGGAACAGACGGUGCUCCUGGUAUUGAAGGACCUCCAGGGCCACCUGGUGAGACCGGAGCUCCGGGGUCCAGCGGACACAGAGGUGAAAAGGGGGAUAAAGGUGAACCAGGCGAACAAGGCAAACAGGGUGAAGAUGGACCCAGGGGGCCAGAGGGACCGCAAGGUAUCCAGGGAGUACCAGGAAAGCAGGGUGAUAAAGGAAUGCAGGGGAUCAAGGGUGAACAAGGUGUUCAUGGUCAAGAUGGAUCAGAUGGGAAACCAGGUGAUAAUGGUGUAUCUGGACCCAAGGGACAAAAAGGCGAACCAGGUAGGAUAUAUAUUGAUAUAUGUGGAUACAUAAUCUAUGUGUAUUCCGAGUGUUGUGGAUAUAAUGUUGACCUCAUGUCUCACACAGGUGGCCCAGGAGCCCCAGGAACAAAUGGUAAAGAUGGCGAGGAUGGUGAACCAGGAAGUCGUGGAGCCGAGGGUAAACCUGGGCGUAAUGGUGAGAAUGGAAGACCAGGACAGGACGGGAUGAAGGGGGAAAGAGGUGAACUAGGACCUGUUGGACAUGAAGGGAAAAAGGGGGAUAAAGGAGACAAAGGAAUGGAUGGCAAUCCUGGAGUACAAGGUGAUAGAUCGGGAUAUUUCAUAAAGAACUUAAACUUAUUGAUAUUUCUUGGGAAAAUUCAUUGCUAUAUUAUAAAGGAAACCAUCAUCGUAUCACUGUCUUGAUACCAUGGCAAUAAACGGCCACAAAAUAAGACAUUUUCGAGAUGAAUUUUUCUUGAAACAAUGUUCCGUUUGAAAAUUUACAACAUACACUCCAAGUCGUUAGUGAUAUUAAGACGCCUCAAAGUAUGUUAAAAAAACAAACGGAAAAACGAGCAAUAUUGUGAAAUGUUUCUAUUUCCUUCAGGAGAACCUGGCUCUCCAGGAGAAAAAGGCACGCAAGGUGCCCCAGGUGUUGCGGGCAAGGAUGGCAGUCCAGGUUCGCCAGGAGAUCAGGGAGAACCAGGACAACCUGGGAAAGAUGGAACGCCAGGAGUAAAAGGUGAUAAAGGGGAUGAUGGCAUUCCGGGAGGUGUUGGACCUAAAGGUGAUACUGGAGAACCUGGAGUACAAGGACCCCCCGGGAAAGAUGGCGCUGAUGGAGCACAAGGAGAGAGAGGGGGAAAAGGUCAGUCUGAAGAAGUCAUCAGGAGUUAGGAUCAACUUAGGAUUAAUGAUGGGAUUAGUUUUAGAAGUAGGAUUAAAAUUAGGAACAAUGUUAGUAUAAAGGCUGUUCAGUAAACAAGCAGAAAAGUCUAAAUCCAUUUAAACGUUUCUUAUGAAAUAAUUCGAUGAAUAAAAAGACAGCACUUAGUUAUGUGCAGGAUUAAUAAAAUUUAGAAAAUUUAAACUUUUCCGCGCAUACACGUACAUGUGGAAGACGGAAAGCAGCCUUUCAUGUUAGACUUAAUGUUAGGGAGAAGAUUGAAUUAACAUUAACUCAAUGUUUGACAUAAAGUAUUAAAUAAUUCAUGAACGGAAAACUUACCAAUAACGUUUUGGCCAAGUCCAGCGACUCCAGCGACAGGAGACAACUUUAAAUUUGAUCAUCUCAAGAAAAAUUUGAAAACAAAAUAUGAGAUCUAUAAGUGGAUUUCGCUAGAAGCACCAUCAUGCAGUUUAUCAGAGUAAGAACAUAAUGCUAAGAGACACUUGUCGAACUUGAAAUAGCUCGAAAUGGAGGCAGCGAAUACAGUCUAUUGUAAAUAAGUAGUUUUCGUUGCCAGUGUGUUCGGAAGCGAAUUAUAAAUAGAAUUGAGAGAUGCGGUUUAAUAUUCGUGCUCCUACAGGUGACUGAAGAUGAACACCAUCUCCCUAACGCUUACUGAAACCCACGUUUGACAUAUUUAUUUAUAUUAGGGUUAAUGUGAUUCUCUCGUUCUCAGGUUCCCCAGGUGCACCGGGCGCGGCUCGCCCUCCCUUCGUAUGUAUUCGUAUCCAGACCCCAGGUUCAGUGGCUCGUUGCCCGGCUGGAUACAGUGCCACGUCAUGUGUUGGUUUGAAUGGAUGUCGUUAUGGCCAACCUGACGUCACGGUGAAAGCUUGUCACAGUUUGUGUCCUAAGAUCUCUUAUUCUCCUAAACCUAUGGCCACCUUAGCAGUCUGCUGUAAAUAG